AUGACCCAGAGCAGUAGCCUGGCCCAAUUAGGAUACUCCUCCCGGCACAGCUCCGCCAGGUGCCGGCCCGUCGCAACGCCGAGCCGGGCCGAGAGCAGCUGGACCAGGAGGCCCAUGACGGUGGCCCACAGGAGCAGCCAGACCGGCGAUGGCCCCCGACUGGAGAUCCCCCUCGAGGUUCCCCGGAUCCAGGAAGGCGAUGCUCAUCAGGAAGCCCGGCCCGGUGAACAGCCACAGCUUCCUCCAGGAGAACGGCGGCGGCUUGGUGGAGUAGUCGUCGGCGCCCUCGUCGACCCCGAUGAUCUGGACUUUCUCGGUGGAAUCGUAGGCCCGCUCCUCCUGUUCUUCGUCGUCAUCGCGCGAAUCGAGCAAUCGGCGGUGCUCCUCCGGGCUGUGCUCCGGCAUUUUCGCUAUUAUAUUAUUGCGCUCUUUAUCGUUAAAUCUCAGAUUAGGACAAAUCCAGUACUCUACAAGAACUUC